UUCCCCCCGACUGAUCCAACGUUGUCUCCAUCACAGCCUGGUGUCCAGCCGGUUCUCCCCUCACAUGGUGACUCCGCCUCCGCACGGCCUCCACCAGACCGGCAUCCCCCACCCGGCCAUCGUGUCCCCGGCCAUCAAACAGGAGCCCAGCGACAUGAGCCCCUCCAUGCAUGCCAGGAAAUCUCCCGUUCCUCCCAAGAAAGAAGAGGACAAGAGGCCUCACAUCAAGAAACCCCUGAACGCUUUCAUGCUGUACAUGAAGGAGAUGAGAGCCAAAGUAGUGGCGGAGUGCACUCUGAAGGAGAGCGCCGCCAUCAACCAGAUCCUCGGCAGACGGUGGCAUUCCCUGUCCAGAGAGGAACAAGCCAAAUACUACGAGCUGGCCAGGAAAGAGAGGCAACUGCACUCGCAGCUCUACCCGGGCUGGUCCGCACGCGACAACUAUGGAAAGCGGAAAAAGAGGAAGAGAGACAAUAAACCCGACUCAAAACCAGAAGACUUUUCCAUCAGAAGCAAGAAGCAGUGCGUGCAGUACCUGCCCUCGGAGAAGAUGUGCGACAGCCCGGCGUCGUCCCACGGCAGCAUGCUGGACUCGCCCGCCACGCCCUCGGCCGCCCUGGCCUCGCCGGCCGCGCCCGCCGCCACGCACUCGGAGCAGGCCCAGCCGCUGUCGCUCACCACCAAACCGGAGGGACGCAUGCACCACCACCACUUCUCCCUGCCCGCCAAGGCGUCUGGAUCCACAUCUUCUUCUUCUUCUUCUUCCUCUUCCUCCUCCUCCUCCUCCUCCCAUCUCUCAAUCCCGAUUGGCUCUUCAGGUGGCCAUUCGACCACGCCUAUCCUCAGCCGGCCAAUCCCCUUCAGCUCUCUGCACCCCUCCAUGCUCUCCCCCCCGUCCCCUUUCCACCAGGCAGCCCUUCACUCCCAUCAUGGCUUGUUCCAGUCGCAGCCCCUCUCCUUGGUCACCAAACAAUCCGACUGAGUGAAUUCGAUAAAGAAAGAAGAAAGAAAAAAAUGCCAUUUUUGUCCAGCGUGUUGUGCUGUAUAUUGCUUUUCUUUACAACAACUAGGUAUUAGAACUGCUUUUUUUCUAAAAAAAAAAUUAAAAAAAAUGAAAAGGAAGAAAAUAUUAUUGGUCAAUAUUUGACCGUCUCCUUUUCUACGUCUCUCAAUGAAAACAAAAUGUAUUUUUUUGUAAAGUUUUACCGCAGAACUGGUUUCGUUUCUUUUCUUUGUUUUGAUGAUGAUGAUGAUGAUGAUGAUGAUGAUGAUGAUGAUGCAUUUAUCCAAAUGAUCCUCUUGUAUAAAAGAACCAUUGUACAUAACGUUUCUUUAUAUAAAACAAAA